AUGGUGAAGCGCAAGAAGCAUGACAAGGACAAGUACUACAACCUGGCCAAGCAGCAAGGCUACCGCGCGCGAUCGGCCUUCAAGCUCAUCCAGCUGAACAAGAAGUAUGACUUUCUCUCGACUGCUAAAGUGUGCAUCGACCUCUGUGCUGCACCGGGUGGAUGGUGCCAAGUCGCGGCCAAGUACAUGCCGGCGUCCAGUAUCAUUGUGGGCAUUGAUCUGCUGCCGAUUCGUCCAAUCCGCGGCGUCAAGACGUUCCAGUGCGACAUCACAACGGCUCGGUGCCGUCAGAUCAUCAAGCAGGAGAUGCAGAGCUGGCAAGCUGACGUGGUGCUCUGUGAUGGAGCUCCAAAUGUCGGGGCCGAGUACUCGAAAGACGCCUAUGUGCAGAACGAGCUGGCCCUUGUCGCUCUCAAGCUUGCAGUGGACGUGAUGGGACGCGGAGGCACGUUUGUGUCGAAGGUCUUUCGCUCUCAAGAUUACAAUGCGCUGCUGUGGGUGUUCAAGCAACUGUUCAAGAAAGUGAGUGCGACCAAGCCACUGUCGUCUCGUAACGAGUCGGCCGAGAUCUUUGUCGUGUGUGAGCAGUUCUUGGCGCCGCACUCGAUCGAUCCUAAACUGUUUGAUCCCAAGCACGUGUUUGACCAAGUGGAUACUCAAGAGCAGACGAUCACGAUCUUCCAUCCCAAGUUUGGAGAUCGCAAACGUCAUCGUCAAGGUUACGACGAUACGUUGGGCGUGACGUUAACAAACGAGUGCAGCGUGUCUCAGUUUAUUGACGACCAUGAUCCGAUUCGACUAUUGACGGACACGACCAGUAUCAAAUUCCUACCUGAGGACGAUGUAUAUCGAGAACACCGGGACACAUCGGAUGAAAUUGUGACCUGUUUGAGCGACCUCAAGGUGCUUGGUAAGUCGGAUUUUAAGAGUUUGCUGAAGUGGCGGACGCGCAUGCUCAAGUACAAAGAGGAGCUACUAAAGGCUGAGAGUCCUGAAAAGACGGAAAAGGAAGACAAGUCCGAGGAAUCGAAAGAGCCUGAGUGUGUCUUAACUGAGAGUGAGAAGGAUGCUCUUGUCCGGGAAGAGCUGUCUCAGCUGCGUGCCAACGUGCAAGCGAAGAAGAAGCGUGAGAAGAAGAAGGAACGCGAGCAGAAGCAAAAACUUCGUCUUCGGGCGGCGAUGGGAAUGAAUGCCAAAGGCAUUGACAUCUCUGAAGCCGAUGCUACUUUCAGUCUGAAAGAGCUGAAGCUGUCCAAGAACAAGGUGGACGAGCUUGAAAACACCGGCGCCGAUCUGACGUCUGAUGAAGAGCUUCAGUUUGAGACGGAUGAUGAAGAUAGUGGCAGUCUUGGCGAUAGUGAUGCCGAGUACGACGAGUUGCUGGAAGCUUCAAUGGAGGCAGCGUAUGAGCAGUUUUUGACUCGUCGUGGCGACGACGUGAAGACCCGCAAGGCCGUGAAGCGGACAAAGGUCGCGAAGCGAGCCAUAGCCGGUGAGGCGCUUGUGCAGGACAGCGAGAUGUUCGAUGGCGACAUGAAGCAGUACCAGCAGAUGAUCAACCCCGACGAGAGCUCCGAUGAUGACGACGACGAGGCCGAUGAGUUGAACGUGUCGCUCCAUAUGCCUGAAAAAUCGAGUGCAGCUGUCUCUCGCUGGUUUAGCGACAACAAACUCUUCGAUGGCAUUGGCGAGAAAGAAGAGUUGUCGCUGCCUGAAAUGCCCAAGACCGACAAGGAGAUCCGUCAUGCGAAGCGUAAAGCUGCGGCAGAGCGCAAAGAACGUCGCACAGCGAAAAAACUGAAGAAGGAGGCGAAAGACUACGAGCUUGAAUUCGGCACGGAGUUCGAGGUCGCUGCUGGAGACUCUGAUGACGAAGCUGCUUUGGUCGCUGAAGCUGCUGAUGGGACGCACGACGAUGCGGAGGCUGUUGAAAAGCGGGCGCUGAUUCGGUCUGGGAUGGGCGCUGCACUGGAAAACGAUUCCAGCUCAGCAGACAAGUUUGAGGUCGUAGCUGCUGGCGAUGAACCCGAGGACGGACUUUUGCCAGUUGGGGACGAUCGCAAAUACGACUCGGACCACGAGGUGUAUGACGCCGAGGACCGUGCAAAGACGCUUGCUCUUGCCACGAUGAUGGUCCGGAAGUCGAAGGCGAAAGACUUGAUCGACGCCAGCUACAACCGGUACACGUGGAACGACUCGGAAGCAAUGCCCGAUUGGUUUGUCGACGAUGAAGAGAAGCACUACCGUCCUCAGCUCCCGAUCCCGAAGAACGUCCUGGCGCAGAUGAAAGAGCGGUUCAUGGAGAUGGCGACCAAGCCAGUGAAGAAAGUGGCUGAGGCACGUGGUCGCAAGCAACGGAUGGCAAUGAAGAAGCUGAAAACGGCGAAGAAGAAGGCAACCGACAUUGCCAACUUGCCCGAUAUGUCCACGCGUGAGAAGCUGAAGGCAAUCGAUCGGGCCAUGAAAGGCACACACGUCAAAAAAGAGAGCAAGGUGUACGUCGUGUCGACUCGUGGCGGGACCAAGACUGCUGGUGGCAAGAAAGCUGGCAGGGGUAAAGUGAAGCUGGUGGAUCCGCGCAUGAAGAGCGACAAGCGCAACGCGGAAAUCCGUGCCAAGCGUGGAAAGAAGCGGAAAAGAUAA